ACAAAAAAAAAAAAAAAAAAAUUUGACUACAAAUCUCAUUUUAUUACCCAGACACCAUACUAUACUCAUUUUGCGGGUCUCGACGCUUUCAUUUUGCUCGCGACUAGGGUUUGAUUUUAAUCCACAGUUUACAGGCUUCUGACUGCAAAGUGAAAUGGCUGGCGGUAGGGUUGCUCAUGCUACCUUGACGGGACCAAGUGUGGUGAAGGAGAUAGUUAUUGCAACUGUUCUUGGCAUGUGUGCAGGUGGUUUAUGGAAGAUGCAUCAUUGGAAUGAGCAGAAGAAAACUAGAACGUUCUACGACCUUCUUGAGAAAGGCAAAAUUGGUGUGGUUGUCGAAGAGUGAAUACUGACGGCCGAAGUGACCAUACUUGGCACCUAGAGCAUGUUUUGCGUUUUGUUGUCUUUUAUCACAUUUGAAGCUGAAACCCUCUCGGAAUUGAAUAACAGAUCCAUUUGUAUGGUGCUAGUUAUUUUCUACUGCUCUUGUAAAGACUUGUAAAGUAUCGGGUUCUGUUUCUGAUACCCUUGCAAAUUAUUAUUUUUAUUGAAAAAGAGCACCAUUUAUAUCAAAAAGAUCGCAUGACAUCUGCCUUUUUGUAAGAUACACAUUAAGAUUCUAAAGAAGCUUCUCUGCUUUAUGAUA